UACGGAGUAUGCUUCGCUAUGUGUACAUCUGCAAAACGCCGAAGGAUCGCGUAAAUUGUAAAUUAAACGCGUUAUACGAACUGAAACGUCCGGAUAUUCGGGUGUCGAGAUGACCAGGAACGACCGACACGAUCACGUCGGCAACGUCAGCGCUCUUCCAUUAUCGCCGAGCCCGUUUUGAUAGCCGCGAGUGACAGAGAGAAUAAUCGAGAAGAUUUUUAUCCCGGCCCAGAGCCGGCUGUCUCUCGCCGAUUCCGUCGCGGCGCGUCCCCCCUCAAGGUCCCCCCCUCGAUUCGCGAUGAUUCUCUCCCCGCGCGAAUGAAUCACGGUGUGUACCUUUCUCGCCGUUCCGCCGUAUGAUUCAUAUUCGUGUUUUUCCGUCUCCCUUUCCCCCUGACCAUCCCCCCAGACGUUGCCGAACUCAUGGCAAAUGGAUAUAAGGAAAAAUUGUUUCCACGCGUAACGACUUGGCGCGGCACGUGUUGCGUAGCGCGCGCGAUACUAUCUCGUCGUCCUCGAUCGUCUCCCGAGCGUCGAGUAAGAAGAGACGCGGCCUGCCUCGGUCUGUCGACCUGCCGCCGCGAGAGAAACGUCGCUUCCUCGCCCUCCUCGGAUAAUCCGCUCUGAAUAUUCGCGUGUUCCUGAUAAACAAACAAAGGCCACGGUCUGCGGAGAUACCAUGGGUCGUUACACGGGAAAGAAAUGUCGUCUUUUGACAAUGUUAUGGCUGACAGCUUUAUUUUUUUUAGUCGAAAUCGUAGUUGGUUACGUGACCAACUCAAUGGCUUUAAUAGCAGAUAGUUUUCAUAUGUUGUCAGACGUAGCCGCUUUAGUGGUGGCGUUUCUCUCGGUAAAGAUGUCGCCGAAGAAAUGGUCCAAGAACACGUUCGGCUGGGCCAGAGCCGAGGUGUUGGGUGCCUUGGUGAACGCCGUGUUCUUGGUCGCUUUGUGUUUUAGUAUUACCGUGGAGGCGUGUAAGAGAUUUAUCGAGGUGGAAGAGAUACACGAGGCCAAGCUACUCGUCGGAGUCGGGGCACUUGGUUUGCUGGUGAAUGUGAUAGGUUUAUGCUUGUUUCAUGAACAUGGAAGUGCUCAUGGUCACUCGCAUGGUAUAUCUCGAAGUCAUAAUAGACUAAGCACUUUGGUGGGCACGGACGACAAUGAGAACGACGAAGCUUACAGACCGUCGACACCCCAAGUGAAACGGGCGCAUGGCCAUUCGCACGAUGCAAGUCAGAUGAACAUGCGAGGGGUGUUUCUUCAUGUACUUUCCGACGCGUUGGGGUCCGUCAUUGUAAUUGUGUCCGCCUUAAUUGUGUGGCUGACAGAGUGGCAGUAUAGAUUCUACAUUGAUCCUGCACUGUCGCUUUUAUUAGUCAUUCUUAUCCUGCGCUCGGUGUGGCCACUACUUCAGGAAUCAGCUUUAAUUCUGUUGCAGACUGUGCCAACACACAUUCAAGUCGAUGCUAUACAGCAACGUUUGCUGGAGAACGUAGACGGUGUGUUAGCUGUACACGAGUUCCACGUAUGGCAAUUGGCGGGUGAUCGUAUUAUAGCUAGCGCGCAUAUAAGAUGUAGAAAUCUUUCGGAAUAUAUGAAAAUUGCCGAGCAGGUUAAGGAGUUUUUCCAUAACGAGGGUAUACACUCGACGACUAUUCAACCAGAAUUUAUUGACUAUCAUUCUAAUAGCGAAAUUAAAGAGACUCCCACGGAAGAUUGCGUGUUGGAUUGUCCAAAGACUGAUAAGCCGUGCAAUCAUGCGACGUGCUGUGGUCCUUCCAAACAAGGUCGUGAGACUCCUUCACCUGGAGAGACGCCGUACAUGUGCAGACAGCGUAAUAGCCUGGCACGUUCGACCGGCUCUAUAGGAGGAACGGAGCAGCAAGAAGUGAAUGAAAUGGAACGCGGACACUUGUUGUCACUGCCCGCCUCGCAUCCAGCGUCGUUCCACUCCGUCCAAGUUCCCCACACUCACGUUAAUACACCAGCUGUCUGAGCUCUCAUUGCAUUAUCAAAUAUCUACCUCCAUAGUGAAAAUACGCGAGAGACGCGUCACGAUUUAUUGUACAAGUACAAUAAAUGUGUAUCUACAUAGAAUUCAUUAAUAUGACAGUUGAUGGCAGUGGUUGAACUAUGUAUUAGGCGAUUGCUUAUAUUAAUUGAUAAAUUAAUACAUUCGUGAAAUCGAAACGAAUUAAAAUUAUCGAUAAAUUUUUUCUUCCUUUUGAUCAGUUUAGCGAAUAAUUUGUCAAUUUCUCGUCUUUGCCAUCAAUUUACUUAUAAUAAAUAAUUAAGAUACUUGAUAAUUACAAUCCAAAGGCAUAUUAAUACCAAAUAUAUUACGUUAUAUAAUGCUCUAUACGCUCUAUACGCCCGAUAUAAAUAAAAUAUUGAAUUUUUACUAUAAAUUUCUUAGAGACAAUUUUCAAAAUUACAAAAUUUUACGACUGUUUGAUGCAUAAUUUAACGCAUAAAAUAUGUAAUUUAAGUUAGGUAUUUUUUUAAAUCUCACUUGUACAUUGAUUGACACUGCGGUUUUUUAUUUUAAAAAAACCCACUUUGCGAAGCUCUUUAUUUAUAUGUAAUUUUUAUUGCGUUACGAUACGUAAUUAUGUAAAAUAGGACGCAAAUCUAUAAGCAAAGAGUACCAAAUCUCUUCGUUAGGUCUAUAUAUUCUUUCCUCCAUAUAAUUCUUAAAUGUUAAGUCUGUAUAUUUUUUAUGUAUUUCUUAUAGAUUUAAGCAAUUAUAAAAGAAAAUUACAAAAAA